AUGGAUUCCCGGUUCGAUGACACGACACCAGAGUCGUCUUCGCGUGGCUUUCGGAUCGUCAAGAAAGCUGAAGCUGAGGUAUCCAUAUCAACCAUUAUUGCCACGCCGUCUACCACGCCGAAUGCGACAUCUACACCACCGGAGACGCUUGAUACAACGCCUACCUCCGAGUCGUCCUCCGAGCCGUCUUCCACGGCCACGACUACGACUACGUAUAAUGCCGGAGGCUUAUCAGCGGGUGCAAAGGGUGGCAUUGGCGCGGGAGUAGCGGUGGGAGGGAUCCUCUUAAUUGGAUUCGCAGUACUUCUCUGGAGGCAUUACAGAGUACGGCCGCAACAUGCACAUCCACCUCCACAGACGGCGGGAGUAGGCGCUUAUCCUCCGCGUGCGCCGCUUGAUAUGCAAUCGCCAUCUGAGCUCUCUGGUGCGGUGAUACCAGAACUGGACGCGAAUAAACACGGCAGUAGAGCUGAACUCGCGGCGAAUGGGAAACGGGUGUGA